CGACACCGGUAAUAUUGACGCCCUCUGUUUUUCCAUUUCUUGAUAUUUUUUGGGGAAAUAGAACAUUCCUAAAAGUCCCAUGAGGUAAAAAAUGUCAGAUGGGUAUUAACCAAUCGUAAAAGAGUACAUUCCUGUCAACAUAUGGCGUAUAAAUAUGGCGGAGAAAGAAGAAGAAGGAUCUAAGAAAUUUGAUUACGAGCAAACAUUGAUUUAUGGAAAUUACAAGCGAGAUUUGGGAAAAUGGGCCAAAUUCCAGGCAAGAACAAUCAAAAAGGAAAAGAGGGACAUUGGACACACUGAAGUCAAACCCAACACAGGAAUUGGAGCAUACAUAGGAGUCAGAUUUAAAGCCUUAAAACAGUCUUCAAAAUACAAAAGAUUGAUCUAUAUCCGAGAUGUCAUCUUUCAAAAGAUUGGAGAAGACUGGAUCUUUUUGGCCUUAUUGGGUGUUGUUAUGGCCAUCCUCAGUUUUACAAUGGACUUCAUCAUUGAAAAGUGCCAAGCAGCUAAGUUCUGGCUUUAUCAGGAACUGGCGUUCUCUCCACCACUACAGUAUUUUGCAUGGGUGUCUUACACAUUGCUAUUCAUUUUAUUUGCUGUUGGUUUUUCUCAUUUGGUUUCACCUCAAGCUUGUGGGUCUGGUAUUCCAGAAAUGAAGACCAUAUUAAGAGGUGUUGUGUUAAAAGAAUUUCUAACAUUCAGGACACUGAUCUCCAAAGUAGUAGGACUAUGCUCCUCUUUAGGAAGUACCCUCCCAAUUGGAAAAGAGGGUCCUUUUGUACACAUUGCAAGUAUUGUUGCAACAUUACUUGGGAAAUUAACAACUUUCAAAGGAAUAUAUGAAAAUGAAUCUCGUAGGACAGAAAUGUUGGCAGCAGCCUGUGCUGUUGGAGUUGCAGCAACAUUUGCAGCUCCUAUUGGAGGUGUAUUGUUUAGUAUAGAAGUCACAGCAACAUAUUUUGCUGUUAGGAACUAUUGGAGGGGGUUUUUUGCAGCUGUGUGUGGUGCAGUCACAUUGCGAAUGCUGGCCAUCUGGUUCAAAAAUGAAGCUACUCUAACUGCUGUAUUCAAAACAAAUCUAAGAACAGACUUCCCUUUUGAUGUUUUGGAACUUGUUGUUUUUGCAGUGAUGGGGGUGCUUUGUGGUUUAGCUGGUGCUCUUUUCAUUUUGUUUCAUCGAAAAAUUGUGUUAUUCACUCGAAGGCAUCGCAGAGUUACUGAUUUUCUGCAAAAAAAUCGCUUUAUCUACCCUGGCCUGGUUACAUUGGUGAUUUCCUCUCUCACAUUCCCUCUUGGUUUGGGUCAGUUUUUUGCUGGCGAGCUCACAUCAAAACAAGCCAUAAAUGAGCUGUUCAGUAAUAUCACAUGGACAACAGGACAGGCUGAGGGGUUACGGGAUGAAGAGAUCAUCAGUCAUUGGAAACAUGGCAGCACCAAUAUCUAUGUCAACCUUUGCAUCUUUGUUGUCUUUAAUUUUAUGUUUGGAGCAUUCUGUAACACGAUGCCUGUUCCUGCUGGAGUGUUUGUACCUGUGUUCUUAGUGGGAGCUGCUUUUGGUCGACUAACAGGAGAAUGCAUGGCUGCUUGGUUUCCAGAGGGAAUCCCAUCAGGGGAUAUCAUCAACAAAAUAGUUCCUGGGGGCUAUGCAGUUGUAGGGGCAGCCUCAUUUUCAGGGGCAGUGACACGGACCAUAUCAACAUCUGUGAUAGUGUUUGAAGUUACUGGUCAAAUUAGCCAUGUAUUGCCAGCUGUUGUUGCUGUUUUAAUAUCGAAUGCUGUGGCAGGGAAAUUUCAGCCAUCAUUUUAUGACAGUAUCAUCAAACUGAAAAAGUUGCCAUACCUUCCAGACAUUGUUUCAGCUAAAGCCAAUGCUUGGAAAGUAUUCAUUGAGGAUAUCAUGGUGAAAGAGGUGUCCAGCAUCAAGUUCACAUCUAAUUAUGGAGAACUGAGGGAACUAUUGACCUCCACUAACUACAAAAGUUAUCCUUUAGUGGAUUCUCCAGACUCCAUGAUUCUCCUUGGUUCAAUACAAAGGUUUGAAUUAGAGCGGAUUUUAUUCAUCCAUCUCAGUAAAGACCAAAAAAUUUUCAUCCAAGAUGAUUCAGAGGAUGAUGAAUCCAGGAGGAGCACCUCUUCUUCCAUGACCGAUGUGUCAGUCAUCAAACGCUCCCUAACCCCACCCCCUACAAUCAACAUCAUACCAGCUAAGAAGUCAAGAUUUCUGGUCUCCAAGGUGGAAGAGAAAGCCAAAAGGUCAAGGACACCAAGCCCAAGAAGACUCUCCAUGCAAAGAUCUUCUAGUGCUUCCUCUCUGGAGUCAGAGAAAGAACGACAGACCUAUCACACUCUACAGCUGCCACUGAGAUCAAUCCUGAAGAAGUCAUCCUCAUCAUCUGCUCUUCUGUCCAGUAGAGCAAACAGUGAGACAAACCUUCAGUCCGAAAUAACUAAUUACUACAGGAAACUGGCCAGUACUAAGAAGGAAAGUAUCUGUGAAGACCCUCCAUACAUAAUUGAUAAAAGUAGUUUGACCAAUCUUGCAAAGAAAGUCAGACUGCCUCCAGAACCAGUCAAAGUAAAGAAUCUCAGCAGAGAGCAGCAAGAAGAGUGGGAGGAGCAGAAAUUGAAUGAGUCAAUUGAAUGGGAGGGGGUUCAGAUUGACCCUGCCCCUUUUCAGCUUGUAGAGAGAACAUCCCUUCACAAGGUGCACUCUCUGUUUUCUUUGCUGGGAUUGAAUCAUGCCUAUGUGACCAACACUGGGAGACUUGUUGGUGUGGUGGGACUAAAAGAAUUGCGAAUGGCUAUUCAAGGAAGAAUUGAUGCUGAAGCAAAAGGCCAGGUAGAAGAAGUAAAUGAGGAGGUGGAGGAGAUUGAUCCACAGAACCUGGAGGUGGAGCUACCCCCUCCACAAAACGAGUAUAGACUUGUCAACACAGCCAAUGAAGACCUUCAGGAUGUACAGGUGAUCAAAGAAGACUGAAGAUCAAAGUCCUUUACUACUCACUGUUAGUGAGAACUGGUAACCAAAGAAGAAUUAAGGUUAAGAUAUAUAUAUCAUUCACCAUUUGAAUUUAUUAUUUAUUAUUGUUAUUUUUUUUUUUUUUUGCAAAGAGGUUUAAUGCACUCGACAUAUAAUUUUGUCUACAAUAUAGCACUUCUGCAUGUAUCAGACAUUUUCAAUAUUAUGCAAUAUUUAGUUAAAAUAUAUAUUAAUAAAUGCAAAUUGGACAGUUGUCUGGUAAUAGAGUCUUAGUUACUUUACAAGACAUCAAUAAAAUUUUCAGAUCUUGUGAGGGAUAUAUAAGAAAAUAGUUAGCAAUAUAAUGUUAGAUAUUUGUGUAUUUAAACAAAAGAAAUUUAGUUAAAAAACUGUGUUUUACAUGAUAUUUUAGUACACAUUUGAAUUGACUGUGAUCUUUGUAAAAUUACACUAUUUAAAUAUUAAUAUUUCAGUUAGUGACUUAUGUAUGUAGCCACAUAUAUUGAUGAGACAUUAGGGAGAUGUGUUGUGUGUGUGGUCUAGUAGAACGCAUAGGUGUGUUUGAUUUUGUGGUCGCUGGAUGGAUUCCACCAAGUACAAAAAUUUUUUUUCUCACUCAAAACCAUGUUAAGAUAACUUAGUUACAUAAAUCUAAUCUGCUGGGGUUUUUUUUCAAAUCCUUUUGAAUAAUUCUGGUUAUAAGCACAUCCAAUAUAAAGUAAUCUCUACAAUAACACUACCCUCUGUUUACACAUGGAUGCAUUGCAUUUUGUUAACGUUGGAAGUACUCACGGUUCAGAAUAUCAACUAACUUUAUACCCAGAGCUCUAUAUAUUCAUAUCUCAAUGCAGAUUUCCUGAAUUUAUGACAAAUCAGCCAUUACAAACACCAUUAUAAUAUAAGUACCUGGGUUUCGAAUAUUGUAUCGCCACUGAUACCUGUAUCUAUUUUAGUAAAAAGGUACUUUCCGUUCAAACAUGGUUGUAGGCAAAAUGCUAUAGUUAUGGGGAAAAGCGCUUUAUAUCUCUAUCUCUGAUAUUUUCAUGUUUUCAUUUUCUUAUGUUCAUUCUGUGUAUGAUCCUUAAUUGUUGUAUGUGUCAUAGAAAAUUAUGUGAAGAAAUGUGUAUAUUAAAGAUUGUGAGAUGGAUUUUAUCAAUGAGAUUAUAUUAUAUUGAACUUACCUAUGCUUUAGCUCAGGAUACAAUGAAGCUCAAAAGCACUUUAUAUGUUGGAUUGAUUUUAUUUACAUUAACUAUCAAUAUGCAUUCCUUUAAGAAAACUUCUUACAAAGCAUUCCUCUGUAAAUCAAUUAAAAUCAAAUCAGGUCCCCCCCAAAAAACUAUGAAUUAGAUUAUUUAGCAUCAGCUGAUUAAUUCAUGUAUUUUUAUUUUUAUAUAUAAAGGUUUUUUUUUUAAUUUGACAAUUUAAAUGAAUUAAUUUAUUUUUAACUUUCAUAAAUGUUAGAGUUAAACAUUUUUCAUGAUGGAGUAUCAUCACAUAUUGUUCAUUAUUUUUAAAAUGUUAUUGAAAUAUAAUGUUUUUUGCUUUUCAUCAGAAAGGAAAUGAUUUGAAAAAGUUUGUUGCUGAUGAACUUGAAUCUCUAUCAUUUGGCAUGAAUUUUUUUUAGGGAAAAAUGUCAUUGAGUUCAUGGUGAUAUGAACUAGGCUUUUCAGUAAAAAUUAGAUCACUCACUAGAUUAGUUCUUAUCAAUAUAAUGUAACAUUCUUGUAUUUAAAGACGUUUGCCAGGUAAAUAUAUCCAAAUGAACAAAUCAAAUGUCUUUCAGUGAUAUAAAGUGAACCAGCACCGACUUAACAUCCUUAGCUUUAAAAUACUCCCUUUUCAGUCAACAAUUUUUCCUGUUUUACAAAAAAAAAAAAAAUCAUGUUUUGUGUAAUAUUAUUUGAAAAAAGAUUCUUUGUAAAUCACGAAAUAAACGACGGUGUCAAUGAACCUUAAAAUAACUAAACAUUGCAUCCAGUGUUACCUAUCUGCCAUUUUUGUUUUAAAAAUGAGAUUUCAAAUACAACAGCAUAGAAUAAAUACAAAUUUUUCAAUCGAUGAAAUGUUAUUAAUUAUAUUGCAUUUCAAUGAAUGAAUAUCCAUUAUAUUACCAAAUUAAAAAUAAAUCUUAAUAAGUUGCAACCAAGGACAAAUAAAGGAAAAAGCAUGAAAAUAGAACUUGUGUGUCAGCAGUGUUAAGAACUAGAAAUACAUUUAUUGGUCUUUAAGGCCCAUUUGUUGUUUGCUGUUAUGACAAGGCUUUUGUGUGAACUGCAAAUCGUGAAAAAUUGUUGGGAAUUCAUUGAAUGGAAUUAAUAUUAAAAUUUACCAUGUGUGCCAAGCAAAGUAUGCAGCAAAAUGUUUCACCCUUGAGGGACAUUAAUAUAUUUUUAAAUGUUUUUAAACAGUGUUACAAACUGUAAAUUGUGUAUUUCAUGUGAUGCUAAAUAUGUUUUCAAACAACCUAAAAAGGUCAGUUGUGUAAAGUUUUAUGCAAAAAGGAAGUGAUAUAGUAAAUUGCAAGACAGUUAUGCUUAAUGGACCUGGUUGUAAAUGUAUAUGAUUGUGUUUGUUUUAUAUGAAUUCUUUUUAAAAAAUCAGUUUAUAAUAUUAUUGUACAAACUGAAUAAAGAUGAAUAUGUAUAUGUUGAGCUUGCUAAUAUCUAUGCCUCCACCUUUCACCUGAUUAUUACUCCAGCAAUAAAUUUGUGUUUUAACAAUAAUUUUGAAUGUGAAAGCAUUUAUUUUUUGAAAGUGAAUAUAUUUUAUUUUAAAAUUUUCAUCAGUUAUUUUUGAUAGUAUUAAAAAAUAACUUAAACCCAGUCCUUAAGUAUAGUGACUGAAAAUAAAAAGUAGAGAAGAAAGAUUUCAAAAUGUAAUAAGUGUUCGCAUUUAUUGUUUUUUGGAAGAAUAUGUUAUGACAUCUAACUUUCAUGUAAAGUGGGUUUUUUCUGUUUGUUUUCAAAGCAACACUAGUCAAUAUAAUUGAUUUUCAUUAUGCUUGUACUUAAUUUAUGUUAAAUAAGUUGAUAACAUUUUGUCAGUUUGUGUCUAAUGAUAUUUAAUUUUUACCUCACCAGUUCCAAAGGCUCAAAUUAGCUUUUCUGAUCAUUUGUUAUGCACCAUUUAUCUGUCUGUCUGUCCAUCAGUAUGCCUGUCCAUCUGUAAACUUUUUAACAUUUUCACCUUCUCAGAGGCACUGAGCCAAUUUUAACUAAACUUGAUGCAAAUCAUCCUUAUCUCCUCAAGAAACACUGGUCUGAUUUCAAUCAAACUUAAAGCAGAGCAUCCUAAUAUGAAGAGAAAUCUGAAUAACUUAAUUAGGUGGCUACAUUCUUUUUAAAGCAGAGAUAAUUUAAAAUCAAUAAAAACAGAAUGGGUGGUGGUUGGUUGAUUUUUUUUUAGAAGAAAUGUACUACAAAUGCCAAUAUUUACACAAAAAAACUUCCAAGUAUAUUUAAGAAUAACCAAUUUUCAGCAUAGAAAUAUAUAAUAAAAAAUUGAAAAAUCUUAUCAAGAACUGCACUUCUACAAUUUGUGAUAAACAAUUCUACAGUUUGUUAUAUUUUUAUGCAAACGUCCUCAUGUCAUAUAUAUAUAUAUAUAUAUAUAUAUAUAUAUAUAUAUAUAUAUAUAUAUAUAUAUAUAUAUUUCAUGUAAAUUUAUGCCACUUUUAAUUUUUAAAAUCACUCAGCAGUAGACCUUAUGCUAUCGUCCUUCAUCAAUCGUCAGCUAAUUUUACAAUUUAAACUUCUCUGAAAAAAAUCUAGGUUUAACAGUUGUAAACUUAAGUUUACAGACAGAAAACUAUAGUUAACUAUGAAAUGUUAAUCUCUAUUUCACAUCUGUAAACCAUAGCUAAUGCGAUCAUCUAUGUUUCAGAUGUGUAAACUAGAAUUAACACUGAAAACAAAAUAUUGCGGUUCUCAAAAAUUAGUUUCAGGAUUGUGAAACUAUGAUUAACAACUCUUAACUAUAGUUGAUGUGAAUCUAUAGUUAUCAGCAAAAUCUAUUUGUUAACAUUAUUUGAAGACAUGUAAACUUAGAUUAUCAUUCGUAAACUAUAGUUUACAACCGUAAGAUGUGGUUUUACAGAUGAAAACUACAGUAAAUGAAUUGUUAACUAUAAUCGUUAACUAUAGUUUAGGGUUUGUAAACUAUAUUUACCAGUUAACUAUAGUUUAGAGUUCGCAAACAGCCAAGUUUAUUAUCUGUAAAACUUUAGUUAACACCGUUAUCUAUAUUUCGCAUCUGUGAACCAGUUAAAGCGAUCAUCGAUGUUACAGAAGUGUAAAAAUAUAUUUACUGAAAACAACCAUUUGCAAUUGCAAAACAUAGUUAAUCUUAUAGAGAUAGUUUCAAGAUUGUGAAACUAUGGUUAACAUUUCAUAACUUUAUUUAACGAUUAAUGUAAAUUAUAGUCAUCUAUAUUAAUCAGCAAAAUCUUUUUUAACAUUAUUUGCAGAAAGAUUAACUUGCAUUUCAUUCCGAAAAUAUGGUUUACAACUGUUAAAUAUAGUUUUACAGAUGAAAACUAUAGUUAACGAAUCAUUAACCGUAGUUUUUGGUUCAUAAACUAUAGUUAACAGUCGAUAAACCUUACUUAUCCACCAUGAAACUAUGGUUUGGUCAUUUUUUUUUUAAUUUGGCGUGCCAUAUAUAUAUCUUUAGGGGGAAGUGAAUGUAAAUUGUGAAAUUUAUUACCCUCUCCUCACCAGACUUUACAUUAAAAAAUCAUCCAAAAUUUUAAAAUCUCCCUCUUCUUCCCAGUGCAUCUCUCAGAUAAACUAAGUAUUUUGUAACGAUGAUCAAUGAGGUCUCUAAUAAAUAUGGGAAAUUCAUGGCCACAUGGUCAGGGUCUUUGGUGUUAUGGUUUGGCUCUUGUCAUAUGGUUAAUAUGCAUAGAUUAUUUUAUUCUCAAUUACAUUAUGAAUCUUAUUUUUAAGCAAAUAAUUUUCAUGAUUUAUUUUACAUAAUCAUAAAUUGUAUUAAAUGGCAAUGAGAAAUGAAAUUUACACCUUUGUACCUCAAGUAUAAAAUUAACCCUUUCCCUUUUUCACCGUUUAAAAUAAAUCUUUUAGAUGUGAUACAAGAAUUCACGUCUGUUACUCAGGUGAGUGAUGUGGCCUGUGGCCUUUCAAGUUUAAAUGUGUUCUAACUUGUCUUCCAUGUUUUUAUUACACUGAAAGAUGUUAUGUCUUCGAUUUGGAUUACUGUAUUGUUAAAUAUAAAAAGAUAUCAUGAUAUUCAUUGGUGACAAUUUAACACCUAUAAGUAUAUAAAGAGCAUGUUUUAUUGUAACUGUUCAUCAUACAUUAUCACCAUUAUUUAGGGUCUUCCUCGGAGACCCUAUUGUUUUCGUUAUUGCAUUUUCUGUCUGUAGUUUUAUCAAUUUUUGUAUUGUAUACUCAAGGUCUUCAAAGUUUUUAAUGUUUCUCUGUGAAAAAAAACAGGAGCUGUAUGUAAUCAGAAAAUAAAGUCUUCAAUAUAUUUUUUUUUCAAUUUUCCUAUGAAUAAUAAAUGACACAGAAAAAUU